AUGACUGUACCUAGUUUGACUGGGCUUUUUGAUACAAAGAUCUGGACUGAGCUUGUCCUCCCUCUGAGUCAUCAAGACCAAGCAGUGAGCCACGCUCUAUUAGCGGUCAGCGUGCUGCACGAGGAUAGCGAGAUCCGGGGGGCACCACUCUCGCGGGAGAACCUGAGCCUUCGGCGCCAUAAGUUUGCUCUUGCGCAGUAUGGGCGCUCAAUGGCGAUUCUGAACGAGCGGCGGUAUUCACAGGAUCCACAGCUCCGUGAAAUAAUCCUUGUUUGCUGUCUUCUGUUCAUCACAUGCGACUUGAUGCGAGGUCAGUAUGAUCUUGCUCUACUCCAUAUCAGACACGGUAUGGCAGUCAUCCAAGAGGCAUCACAAGCUGAAAGAGAUGACUCCGUUACUACAAAAAGUCCUGUUAUGGUAAGGAAGUGCCUCGCUACGGCAAUAAUGCGGUUCGGUAGCCAGUGCUACUAUUUCGGGAUGGAACCGAUCAACUUCGGCGGUAUCGAAGGACAUUCUUAUGAGGUCCGAGAAAGACCAGCGGGGGCUCAGAGUCAUUCGUUUACAUUACCUCGCCUAUACCAUUGUACUUGA